AUGGGUCUUCAUUCACUUUUACGAUCCAGUACUCGGCAUGUUCGUAGCUGCAGCAUCAGACAAAGAUCGUUUCAUGCUUCUUUUGUAGCAAAAGAACAACGACCAAAGCAACAAAAGAGUACUUUUGGGCGUAUGGUUGACAGCUGGAACAAUACCCAAGUAAAAUGGUACCCCAUUCCAGUAGCUCUUGGUCUCGCUGUCAUUGGCGCUAUUCAAUAUAGACAUAUUCAACAAAGAGUAGAAAAGGAAGACACACAAAAGCCAAAGUACAGAGCAACUGGACCAUGGCAGGUCCAUGUAGCAGCUGCUUUGCCAUUACGUUCCAUGUCUCGUUUAUGGGGCGCUUUCAACUCUCUGACGAUUCCUACGCCAUUAAGGCCAGCAGGAUUCAAAUUAUAUAGUUGGAUAUUUGGCUGUAACUUGGAAGAGAUGAAAAACCCCAACCUAUAUGACUAUCCCAACCUUUCUACUUUCUUUUACCGAGAAUUGAAAGAAGGAGCUCGACCUAUUGCAGCUGAUGCACCACUUAUUUCGCCUGCUGAUGGUAAAGUACUACAUUUUGGCAUUGUUCAAGGCAAACAUAUUGAGCAGAUCAAGGGAGUGACCUAUAACCUGGACGCCUUACUUGGAAAUGAUGAACCUCCAGCAUCGCCUAUAGAACACGCAGUACUUGGCAAUGAUGAACAGUUAGUCGUUGACGAAAAGGAAUUUGCCAACGUGAACGGAAUUGCUUAUACUUUAGACGAUAUGCUUGCAGAAAUGGACGAUCAUCAGGCAGUCAGAAUGGAGUCAAGCGUUGGUGAAGAUGCUGUAGCAGAAGGAUAUCAAGCUAAGCCAAAAGAAGAACGUGCAUUAGCACAACUUGCGUCUGUUGACUCUGGGAUGACUUUGAAGCCAAAUCAUGCAUUGUAUUUUUGUGUUAUUUAUCUUGCACCCGGGGAUUAUCAUCGAUUCCAUUCACCCACAAACUGGGUUGUUGAGACACGAAGACAUUUUGCUGGUGAAUUGUUCUCUGUUUCUCCUUAUUUCGUAAAGCUGUUGCAAAACUUGUUUGUGCUGAAUGAAAGGGUUGCUUUGCUUGGUAAAUGGAAACACGGCUUCUUCUCAAUGAUUCCUGUUGGAGCUACUAAUGUUGGCUCUAUCAAGAUUAACUUUGAUGAAGCUCUACAAACCAACAGAAAGGAAGAUCUGCCGUUAGGCACAUAUACUGAAGUUACGUAUAAAUCUGCUAGUAAAUUGCUUGGAGGAAAACCACUGAGAUAUGGUGAUGAAAUGGGUGGAUUUUAUCUUGGAUCUACUGUUGUUUUGGUAUUUGAAGCACCUACAUCUUUCAAGUUCUGUAUCACUUCAGGACAAAAGGUAAAAAUGGGUGAGGCGCUUGGAAAGUAUGAAGAAAAAUAA